AUGAUUGACUUUAGCCAGAUAUUGUCAGCUGUUGGGGAAUUUGGCCCAUUCCAGAAGCGCCUGCUUGGGAUAAUAUGCCUUCCCUACAUCAUCUCAGCUUUUCACAUGUUUGUCCAGGUGUUUACUGGCCUGAAUUUCCCGCACAACUGCAAUACUAACUGGAUUCGGAAACAAGGGCCGAACCUGACUUACGAGGAGCAGCUAAAUUUGACGGUCCCUAAAGACCCAGCUGGCAAGUAUGAGAGCUGUGAAAUGUUCACUGCUGUUGAACUUGAAUUUGAAGUCAUUGAAGCCUAUGGACUAAACACAACAGAGAAAUGCAGAGAUGGCUGGAUUUACAAAGCACCUCAAGGGAGUAGCACCUUAAUUACUGAGUUUGACUUGGUGUGUGAUAGUAAGCAUCUGAUUGAGACCUCACAAUCUAUCUACAUGGCUGGACUCCUCACUGGAGCUCUGUUGUGUGGACUGCUGGCUGACAAAUACGGCCGGCGUUUUGUUCUACUACUUGCAUUAACUUUCCAGUUCUUGUUCAGUGUGGGUGCUGCUUUCUCCCACAACAUUUACAUCUACAUUGCUCUUCGCUUUGUGGUUGGUGUCACCUUAAAUGGCAUCUUCCUCACAGGCCAGAUCAUAGGCAUUGAGUGGUGUGGUCCAUCAUAUCGGGCCUCCUUCGCCAUCCUGUCUCACUGUACAUUUGCCCUGGGGCAGAUGAUACUAACUGGGUUGGCCUACGGCAUCCGCAAUUGGAGAAUCCUCCAGUUAGCCAUGUCUGCACCAGUCCUGAUCCUUGGUAUCUACUUUUGGAUCCUUCCAGAGUCGGCUCGAUGGCUCCUGACUCAAGGCAGACAGGAGGAAGCCAAGAAAAUUAUCCUGAAUGCAGCCAGGGUCAAUGGCAGGAUAGUUUCAGACUCUCUGCUUGAAAGGAUGGAUGCAGAGAACACAGUCAGAACUGGAAGCAUGCUGGACCUUUUCCGAGUGACGAGUCUGAGAAAGAGGACAUUGAUUAUGUGCUUUAUCUGGUUUGUGAUCUGCUUGGUGUACUAUGGGAUCAGUCUGAAUGUGGGAAACUUUGGUGUGAACAUCUACCUGACACAGCUCAUCUUCGGCAUUGCAGAGAUUCCUGCUCGCCUCAGCUGCUACCCACUUAUUGAGCGCUUUGGCAGAAAGAAAUCUCAAAGUGCAAUGUUGCUCCUCGGGGGAACUGCAUGUCUGGUCAUUUUUGCCAUCCCAACAGGUGUGCAAACAUCUCAUCUCUAUCUCUAG